GGCCCCCCUCUCUCGGCCCGGCCAUCUUGUGGGAAGAGCUGAAGCAGGCGCUUUUGGCUCGGCGCGGUCCGCUGCAAUCCGUGGAGGAACGCGCCGCCGAGCCACCAUCAUGCCUGGGCACCUACAGGAAGGCUUCGGCUGCGUGGUCACCAACCGAUUCGACCAGCUAUUUGACGACGAAUCGGACCCCUUCGAGGUACUGAAGGCAGCAGAGAACAAGAAAAAAGAAGCCGGCGGGGGCGGCGUUGGGGGCCCCGGGGCCAAGAGCGCGGCUCAGGCCGCGGCCCAGACCAACUCUAACGCGGCGGGCAAACAGUUGCGGAAAGAGUCCCAGAAAGACCGCAAGAACCCGCUGCCCGCCAUCGUCGGCGUGGCCGACAAAAAGGAGGAGACGCAGCCGCCGGUGGCGCUUAAGAAAGAAGGAAUAAGGCGAGUUGGAAGAAGACCUGAUCAACAACUUCAGGGUGAAGGGAAAAUAAUUGAUAGGAGACCAGAAAGGCGACCACCUCGGGAAAGAAGAUUUGAAAAGCCCCUUGAAGAAAGGGGUGAAGGAGGUGAAUUUUCAGUUGAUAGACCGAUUAUUGAAAGGCCUAUUCGAGGCCGAGGUGGUCUUGGAAGGGGUCGAGGAGGCCGUGGACGUGGAAUGGGCCGAGGCGACGGAUUUGAUUCUCGUGGCAAACGUGAAUUUGAUAGGCAUAGUGGAAGUGAUAGAUCUUCUUUUUCGCAUUACAGUGGCCUGAAGCAUGAGGACAAGCGUGGAGGUAGCGGAUCUCACAACUGGGGAACUGUCAAAGAUGAAUUAACAGAGUCUCCCAAAUACAUUCAGAAACAAAUAUCUUAUAAUUGCAGUGAUUUGGAGCAAUCAAAUGUGACUGAGGAAACACCUGAAGGUGAAGAGCACCCAGUGGCAGACACUGAAAAUAAGGAGAAUGAAGUUGAAGAGGUUAAGGAAGAGGGUCCAAAAGAGAUGACUUUGGAUGAAUGGAAAGCUAUUCAAAAUAAAGACCGAGCAAAAGUAGAAUUUAAUAUCAGAAAACCAAAUGAAGGUGCUGAUGGACAAUGGAAAAAGGGAUUUGUUCUGCAUAAAUCAAAAAGUGAAGAGGCUCAUGCUGAAGAUUCGGUUAUGGACCAUCAUUUCCGGAAGCCAGCAAAUGAUAUAACGUCUCAACUGGAGAUCAAUUUUGGAGACCUAGGCCGCCCAGGACGUGGUGGCAGGGGAGGACGUGGUGGACGUGGGCGUGGUGGACGUCCAAACCGUGGCAGCCGGACUGAUAAGUCAAGUGCUUCUGCUCCUGAUGUAGAUGACCCAGAGGCAUUCCCAGCUCUGGCCUAACUGGAUGCCAUAAUACAACACUGGUUCCUUUGCGGACCCUCCUGUUCAAAGCUUUUGCAUGCUUAAGGAUCCCAAACAACUAAGAAUUAAAAAAAAAAAAAGACUGUCAUUCAUACCAUUCACACCUAAAGACUGAAUUUUAUCUGUUUUGAAAACGAACUUCUCUAGCUACACAGAAGUAACAAAUAUGUUAGUCAGUUUUGUAUUUAGAAAUGUAUUGGUAGCAGGGAUGUUUUCAUAAUUUUCAGAGAUUAUGCAUUCUUCAUGAAUACUUUUGUAUUGCUGCUUGCAAAUAUGCAUUUCCAAACUUGAAAUAUAGGUGUGAACAGUGUGUACCAGUUUAAA